CACAGGCGAAGAAGGGGGAGGACAGAACAGAGGCGUUGCCCGGAUGUCGGGGCACGCGCACCGCGGAACCACCCCUCAAUUCCGGUUCGCCUCCCAACCCCUCCCCAUCCAGCUUCCCUGCGGCUGCGCAAUACGCGGCACGCGCCAGGCCAAAGACUAGGAGCGAAGCGUGCACUCCUUGUCUUUCUCCACCUUUUGUCUUUGGUCACAGCGCCAUCUCAUGGUUAGCUGAAACUUUGAAAGAGGAUUCAUUCUUCAGAGGCAAGGAAUCAGAGUCCUAUGUCUUUCUCGCGCCUUGAAGGUUACUUAGCUAAAGCUAAGAUAGCGAGAAACAGUACUUUUCAGGUCCUUCCAUGAUCUACAUUCGUCCUUGUUCUCGGAGGACCCAGACUCUAUGGUUAAUGAUGAAGAGGGGCCUCUAUUCGUUCAGCGCUUGCGCAUGCGAGGAGGUUCCGCAUGCGCGGUGGAGUGAGCGAAGCGCACGCUGAGGAGGAUCGGCGGCCGGUGAGGGAGAAGCAAGUCUGGUCUCUGUGAUUGAAGAAGGCGGCUCUGGGCUCCAUUGCGGGAAUCACACACAUACCUCAGAAUGCCGGGUCUAAGUUGUAGAUUUUAUCAACACAAAUUUCCUGAGGUGGAAGAUGUAGUGAUGGUGAAUGUCAGAUCCAUUGCUGAAAUGGGGGCUUAUGUCAGCUUGCUGGAAUACAACAACAUUGAAGGCAUGAUUCUUCUUAGUGAAUUAUCCAGAAGGCGUAUCCGUUCUAUCAACAAACUCAUCCGAAUUGGCAGGAAUGAGUGCGUGGUUGUCAUUAGGGUGGACAAAGAAAAAGGAUAUAUUGAUUUGUCAAAAAGAAGAGUUUCUCCAGAGGAAGCAAUCAAAUGUGAAGACAAAUUCACAAAAUCCAAAACUGUUUAUAGCAUACUUCGUCAUGUUGCUGAGGUGUUAGAAUACACCAAGGAUGAGCAGCUGGAAAGCCUAUUCCAGAGGACUGCCUGGGUCUUUGAUGACAAGUACAAGAGACCUGGAUAUGGUGCCUAUGAUGCAUUUAAGCAUGCAGUCUCAGACCCAUCUAUUUUGGAUAGUUUAGAUUUGAAUGAAGAUGAACGGGAAGUACUCAUUAAUAAUAUUAAUAGGCGCUUGACCCCACAGGCUGUCAAAAUUCGAGCAGAUAUCGAAGUGGCUUGUUAUGGUUAUGAAGGCAUUGAUGCUGUAAAAGAAGCCCUAAGAGCAGGUUUGAAUUGUUCUACAGAAAACAUGCCCAUUAAGAUUAAUCUAAUAGCUCCUCCUCGGUAUGUAAUGACUACGACAACCCUGGAGAGAACAGAAGGCCUUUCUGUCCUCAGUCAAGCUAUGGCUGUUAUCAAAGAAAAGAUUGAGGAAAAGAGGGGUGUGUUCAAUGUUCAAAUGGAGCCCAAAGUGGUCACAGAUACAGAUGAGACUGAACUUGCGAGGCAGAUGGAGAGGCUUGAAAGAGAAAAUGCCGAAGUGGAUGGAGAUGAUGAUGCAGAAGAAAUGGAAGCCAAAGCUGAAGAUUAACUUUGUGGGAAACAGAGUCCAAUUUAAGGAACACAGAGCAGCCCUUCCUGGCUGUAAAUCCUAGACUUGAAAGUUUUCCAGUACUGAAAACUUCAAAGCUGAAUAUUUUUUAUUUCUAAGUAUUUAAAUGUUCUAACAGAUCAGAAUGUGAAAUGCCCUCCUAAAUGUCAGCUGUUGUCACACAGUAGCUUCAACAUUUUGAGCAUUUUUAAGGGAGUGGCCUCAUUUCACUAGAGACAAAUCUUUAAGAAUAGUUCUAAAAUUGGGCUUGUGAUUUCCAUUUCUGAUGUCUCCAGAUUGGCACCCCUUUCUAGUUCAAUGCCUCACGAGAUUUACCAGGGGCAUCCAAGGCAAACAAUCCCAAUCUUUCUAUAUAAAAUGUAUUCAAGCAAACAUCAAAUAAAUUUCUGGGAUAUUUAACUAUAGGCUUCUUCCUUCUUGUCACCAGUUAAAAGCAUUUUGAAUACUAAGACCCUAAUUCUUUUAUCUUUAUUUUAGUCUUGAUGUGGAAAUGUAGGAGCAGGUGAAUAAAGGAUCUCUAUAACAGAUCCUUUCAAAAGAAGAGUUUAGAGAAAAUAAAUUUAACUUUAACCACAGUGAAAGUUGACCCUUAGCGGGACAAAGCCUUAAAAUGCAAUGAAAGAAUUAGAUUGGUUCUGUGCCUUUUAUCUAUUUGAGAUUGAUGACAACUUGUGUGAGAGAAUUUAUCACACCACGUCCUUAUUGGAAUAAUAAGCUACUUGCCUUGAGUUUAUAAUUCAGGGUGGUAAAGUAUGUUUUUAAAAUUUAAAAAGCAGCUGCAUUUUUUAUUUAGUUGGAGUAUCACCCAAUUUUUGAUUUUUAUUGCUAUUAAAAUAUCCACUAGGUGCCACCUAGAGCUCCAGUUCUUUAUAACAAAACAGGGAUCUGUCUGAACACUUACUGUUUUUUUUUUUUUUUACAUGUUUCCAUCAUUUCGGUCUUCAAGAACUAAGUACAUAUUAAGUUUCAUAGGUAACACAUUAUUUGAAGUUACAGCUACAGUAGUCAGGUGUAUAAAAUCUUGAGUUGCUUUGGUCUGCUUGUCUUCAUAAAUUUAUUCUCUUACAAUACUUGGGGUACCAGUUGUAUUUAAUUUUAUUCAUUAUCCCUAGAUAGCUAUUAAGAUACUUAGAUUAGACCUAACCCACCACAGUCAAUCCAAGACUAGACUACUCAAUAUUAAAGGGUCUGGAAAAUAGAAGAGUGUGUUGGGCAGAUAGUUUGUACCAUUUAUGAAGGUUUGUUCCUUUGUUAAAUUUAGCAGCCUGUACUAGCUUUUGAAAUCCAGAAGUUUUAACUUCCAGUGGCUGGUUUCUGAGAGAGUGCCAUGAUUGCUAGCCAGCAUUCCACAUUGGGAAUAUGUAGAGGAGAACCUGGAUGUACUUAAGAGUGGCAUAUAAUUUUCACUUCUGUCUGUUGAGGCAUCAAAAAAACAAGUUUAGAAAGCUGGCAACAUGAAGAAUGCAUUCAAAAUAUAACAGGUGCUCCUUUGUUGUACACAAAGAGGAAUUUUUUCUUUUGUUUACUGAAAUUUGUUAUACUUCAAAAGCCAUAACUUGAAAAAUACUGGUGGCGUCGAUGGUGAGUGAUUUUUAUCCCACAUGGGCCUUUUGCUCAGUUCCAUGGCAAUUUUGUAAAUUGACCCUAGCCAGAGAAAGGAAAAGAACAAACAAAACUUAAAGUAUUCAUACACCUUGCUAACCUAAAAGACAGCAGGGAGAAGAUACAUAUGAGGACAAGUUAUACACCCAGUUCUGAAUAACUUGAACAGGCUUGGCAAAGAAGUAAGUUUAUCCAAAUCUUUAAUUUCUGCCAGGCAUGGUAGCUCAUGCCUGUAACCCUGGCACUUAAGGGGCCAAGGCAGGAGGAUCACUUGAGGCCAGUGAGCUGUGAUCACUUCAGUGCACUCCAGUGCACUCCAGCCUGGGUGACAGGGCAAGACCCUGUCUCAAAAAAAAAAAAAAACCAGAAAUCUUGAAUCUCCCAUCAAAGCCUUUUCACUAAAAAUACAAUUUCAUCUAUUCCCUACUGUACCUUUCAUUGAUGUCAAGUGGCUAUCGAUUCAUACAGCUGAAAAUUAGUGAUAGUUUGGGUCUCAUUUAUGCAUAAAUUAAUUGAAAAUCAGUAAUGGCCAGGAAGAAAUAGGAAUAUUCAAACCACUUUUUUUCUUUUUUUUUUGGCAAAUGGUGUUAUAUUGCCUGGGCAGGUCUCGAAAUCCUGGGCUCAAGCUAUCCUCCUGCCUCUGCCUCUAUAAGAGUGUGAGCCACCAUGCCCCCCCACCCAAACCAUUUUUCAUAUCAGUUAUAGGAAAACAAGACAAACCAGUUCUUAAGUGAAUAAUGUUCAAAGAUGGACCCAUAGAGACAUGCUAAGCAGAACGGUUAUUACUCAGCUGCCAUACUCCAGCCAUUCUACUUUUACACCAAGAACAAAAUGGCUAGAGAUUUUUUAAAAAAUACAAAGCUAGUACCUUGCCGAGACUUGUUCACUGAUUUGCUCCAACUCCAAGGUAAUGGUCAUCUACUUUGCAACCUAUGGAGAUCCUGAUAGCUCCCAUACAAUGUGAGGCACACUUUUGCCAAUUUGGAGGCAGGAAGCCAUCAAACUAAAUGUAGUUUAAUUCAGAUAAACACCUAUCGAUAUUCAAAAGGCAAAACAAAAAAACUAAUUCCAGGGACAUUAGACCUUGGUGAAAUGCCAAAUGGAAAAUGGUGCUUUAAAAGGUAGUGUCUUACCAUAUAAGGAAUAAGUAAAAUAUUAGCUUGUGAUUUCUCCUUAUUCAGGUCAAUGUUUUAGACACGACUAACAAGGGACAGUUCAAACUAUUUAAGAGAACAAAUUUUUACUUAAGCACUUUGAAGUAUCCACUCCCCUUAAAUGUAAGUUAUAUAUUUUAUCUGUUGAUCAAGGGGAGGUCCAAGCAUUUGUACUUGGCAAGAAUGCUGGCAAUAGCUUGUGCCAGAUUACUGUAUAAACUUGAAAGUAAUAAAAAUGUUCUUUAAAAGUA